GGAUUUGAGCGUUGAACGAAGUUCUCUCGCAAAAAAGCCAGUCUUGAUUCGCGUGGCGAAAUUUCCUCCUUUUUGCUGGCAACACCGCUGCACUGGUGGACUUAUUGGUUCGUUUCACGUCAACAGUAAAACGCGAUGGCGAGAACACAUUUGGCAUUCACAUUACUGAUUUUAGCAGUACUAGAAGUUUCUCUCGGGGAUAACAAAGGGAAACACGCUGUAAACCCUAAAAGGCGGAAUGAAAUAGUCGAAGAAACAUUUUUAGAACAAAAAGAUAUUUUACUAAAUAUGUUAGAAUCAAAACUCAAAGAAGUAAGAGACAAAAAGAAGAAAAAGGAUGACAAUGAUUUCCAUGUCAAUAGCAACAGGACUUUGGAGAACGUUGAUGUGAAAGUGAAAGUAAACGGUAUCAGCGCUAUUGGAGACGCCAAUGUGGCACUCAAGUAUGGAGUUGGUAAAGGAUCAAUUGAUUUGGAGGGUGACGGAAUUUUCAACAUAGGGAAGGUACGCAUGGCUUUGGGCAUCGGAGAGACUAUCCAAAUACCUGGCUUGAACAGCUUGUUCAUUGAUGUUGGACACAAAAACCACUCAAUCAACACCGUCGUAGCCCCAAACGAAGACGCAGCUAACAAUAAUACUCGUCGAAGUGAAAAUGUAAUCACUAAUCCUGAUCCUGCUUCUAAUACGACAAUUGGCAAUGUACAAGGAAAUUUGAACUCUAGUGUAAUCGAAAAUAUAGUUGCAAAUGAUACAUUUCUAUCUUUGAAAGCAGCUCCAAGUAAGAGUACACUUGUUACUUCGGCAACUGUAGCUAAAGUUAGUAAAGAUGGUGUUUAGUUUUUAUUCAGUGGUAAUAAAGAAUUAUUUGAGAA